UACCCAUUUUCAAGCAUGGCUCAGUCAUUGUCUAAUGGACCAAUUUUGGAUGGUGGUAAUGAAAAAUUAAUAAAACAUGAAAGUAGUGAUCAAGAUGUGAAUAUCAAAUUAAACUCUCAAGACCAACAACCAUUAGCGACCGCUCCAUCGCCUCAAACGAGCGGGCCAUUCUUAGUACGUCCGCCGCUAUCCAGAUCAGACAGUCGCACAAACUUUCAGUAUCGCCCUCCAUUUGCACCUGCAGGGGCACCGCAUUCAAUUGGUCCGCAAAUAUUAAGCGGACAUCAAGUAACUGGUCCUCUUAAUAGUGGGCCUCACUCCCUCAGCCCACAAGUAAUAAGUUAUCAGUCAGGUAGUCCAGUAAAUAGUGGAUAUCCAUCUAGCCCUCUAAACAGUGGCCCACAGUCAAUUGGACCGCAGGUGCUGAGACCUCAACUAUCUGCUGGGGCGAGAUCUCCAGUAGGUGGGCAAACUUUUGUACAAAGGGGACCACCUUUGGGACCAGGUGGAACUCAAGGGCCAAGAAUAUCUCCACAAGGAAGUAAUCCGGUGCCUUCUCCCCCUUAUCAACAAACUCACGGCCAGAGGCCUAUAUUUAGACCACAAAGUCCCUUUUCAAGACCACCUUUGCUGGCUCAGAGGCCUCAGGUUUAUCAACAAAGUUCAGUGCCCGCUUUUAAUAGGCAAAGGCCGGGCUUUGACGAGCAACCUCUUUAUAGGUCUCAAACUCUGGAUUCUUCAGAGUUGGACGUACAUAAAUAUGCGGAGGAAAAUAUUAGUCCUCCAACGGGGGAUCAACGACCUCCGUCUGUCGCGUCCAUUGGAAGAAAUCAUAGUAUAAACGCAAGUCCGACUCAGAAUAUGGAUAGAAAAAUGAGCAGCAGCCAAGAAAGUGUUAACAUAUCAAGACACAGUUCCCAAGAAAACGUUUGCAAAAAAGAAGAAAAUAUUCCUUCACGGCCUGAAUCUAGAUCAGGAUCCAGGAUGGGAAAGAUCAUGGAAAAUGAAAAUACACAAAAUCGGAGUAGACCCGAGAGCAGAGGCGAGAUAGUAAACGGAGAUUUUAGCACUAAAUCUCCGAAUAAGGAAACUUCGAACCAUGUUACAUACGUAACAACGCCCAGAGUAGAAGAUCUACAAGAAGAAAUUAAAAGACGAGAAGCGCGUGAUAUGGAAUUGAAACUUAAGCCAAAUAAGGGCGAUAAUGACAGUGGAGUGGAUGAAUCUACGCAAGGCAAUGAGCAAUGUAAUGGAGACUCGCGAACGCCAAGAAAACCCAACAAAUCUCGUACAUCCUCUACAACACCUACUAAAGGUAGAUCCUUAUCCAGGGGCGGUUCCAAAACACCAUCCAGCUUACAGUCUCCAGAUUCUGCAGCAACAACACCCGGAUCAGCAGAAAGAAAGAAAGUUCCUAUGAACAAAGUCCAAGUGGGAACUGCGCCAUCUCCGAAUCUAAAAGUAGUCAGAUCCAAGAUUGGUUCCUUGGAAAACGCAAGCUACAAACCAGGAGGUGGCAAAGUUAAAAUUGAAAGUAAAAAACUAGAUUUUAAAAACGCCGGUCCUCGAAUUGAAGCUAAAAACGAGAGAUACGUGCCUAAGGGUGGAGAUAAGAAGAUUAUGUCUCAGAAACUGGAAUGGAAUGCAAAAUCAAAGAUAGGAUCGUUGGAAAACGCGGCGCAUAAGCCCAAGGGAGGAGAUAAGAAAAUUGAAACCGUUAAACUCAACUUUAAAGAAAAAGCCACUGCGAAGGUCGGCUCUAAGGAUAACAUUAAGCAUCAGCCAGGCGGUGGGGAAGUUAAGAAACGCGGAAAAAACGCUGACAUUCAAGAAGAGGAUAUUGAAAAUAGAAAAUUAGAAAUUCACGCUUCAAGCAAAGUAGGUUCUAUGGACAAUGUAAAGCACAAGCCCUCAGGCGGAGAUAAAAAAAUUUUCGACGAUAAAGACUACUUGAAACAGCACGGCAAAUCCGGAAAAUCCAGCAUGGAUCAAUCUUUAUCUGGAUCACAAGUCCCAUCUUAUCUCUAUACGUUUUAUUGAAAUCAGUCAUCGAACAUUUACUGUAUAUGAAAAUCAGCAUUCUGUCCAAUCACAAGAGCCAAAAGCACCAGUAGCAGACGAAAACCUUAAUCAGGAGCACUAAGAACCACUUUCGUAGUUUGGAAUAUUUAUUAAGUUUCACUAUUUUAGUUUAUGAGUUAUUGUAGUAAACGUAAGAUUUGCCAUUCCAGUAAUUAGUUGCUUAAUAUUCGGAAAGGGAAGUUUUCCAAAAAAAAUAUGUUAAUUUACAUAGCAGCUUGAGUAACUAAUUUUUUGUCUAAUUCUUAGCCUUUUGUUAAAAAACAUGUUAUUUUCUAAAUAAGGUUUAUAAUAAUAUAACAAAAUAUCAAUUUACCUACCUAUAAGCUAGACUAAUAAUUAUUACAUGUCUGUAUUUGAUGUUAGACUAGUAUUUAUUAACCCAUUUAAAUAAUAAAUUUACUUUUGUUUUGUAAAUGCCUAAUAGUAAUUUUUUCAAUGUCAAAACAUUUUUUUGAAUCAAUUUUUUUAUAGCAUGUAAAUUAGUUCCAUAUAAUAAAAACCAAACAGUAUGUUAUAGCAUUCACUUUUUCAUUUUAAGUAAUUAUGCUAUAUUUGCACUACUAUCAUAAGAAAUAUUUUAUAUUUGAAGACUUCCUGUAUAGUGAAACAACAGUAAAAUGGAAGAAAUCUAAUUAUUAAUACUUAAUAUAAUAGUAGUGCAUGCAUUGACAUAAUAGGCAUGAGGUUGAUUAUCACAUCUUUUGAAAUUAUUUUAAUAACUACAUCACCGCAGUAAUUAUUUAAUUUGUUAUGUAAUGUAAGAAGAUAUAAUAAAUAUAGAUUUUAUCAAAUAA